AUGCCAGGCAAGAAAGACGCCAAGAAAGACACCAAGAAAGACACAAAGAAAGGCGGAAAACCUGAACCAGAGAAAAAGAAGGAAGAAGAGAAGAAAGGGAAAGAUGACAAAAAGGCAGGAAAAGAUGAUAAGAAAGGCAACAAGGAUGAUAAGAAAGGAGGGAAGAAAGGGAAGGAAGAGCCCCCCAAGGGCAAAGGGAAAGAUGAUGGGAAAAAGGGAAAAGAUAAAGGGAAGGGAAGGAAAGUAGAGUCAGAGGAGGAAGAGGAUGAGCUGUUGAGUGAUGAGUUAGAAGAGGAAGAGCUGAGUGAAGAAGAGGAGGACGAAGAUGAGGAAGAUGAGGAUUACAGGAAAGGGAAGGGGCGAGGGGGCAAGGGGGCUAAAGGAAAGAAAGGAGGAAAGUCUAGACGUGGGGAUUAUUCUGAUGAGGAUGAAGAGGAAGAUGAAGAGGAAGAAGAAGAGGAUGAAGAUGAGGAUGAAGAAGAUUAUGGGAAAUCCAAGAAGAAAUCCAAAGACCAUCAUAAAGGAGGGAAGUCUGAAGGGAAGAAGAAAGGGAAGAAGAGAGAGGAGAGUACUGCACCAAUCAAGGAUAUCCCAAGGAAAGGCCUGAAGAACAUGUCCAGGAUGUUUAUGAAAUUCUCUGGCUUCAAGAGGCGCCGGAACAGCAGGAAGAAGCUGAAAAGUACGUCACGUUUAUUCCUGGGGUUGGGAAAGAGGAAGACCCGCCUGGCCAAGAAAAAACGCCGCAAGUCUAUGCUGAAGAACACUUCUCGAUUCAUGAUGAGGUUUAAGGCAAGUAAAAAGAGGAAAAAGGAAAAGGAGGCCAAGGAGAAAGCAGCAGCAAAUGGUGGGAAGAAACCAACAUAUAUGAUACUCCGUUUGGGAGGGGGGUCACAGAAGGGGGGCUUUUUUAAAGGUUUGUUUGGGAGGAAAGGAAGUACUGGCCCAGCAGAAGAUUUCAAGAACAGCAGUAUGUUGCUGGGUAAGGUUGCAGGAGCAACCAAUUGGCUGACUAAACGCUUUCUGUCCAAUAAAAUGCGAACAAAUGCAGGACAUCAAGGCUGGGGGAGACGUAGAGCAAGCCGACAAGCCAGCCAUCUCCAUGGUUACCAUAAUGGUGCUUAUGAGCAUGGGGAGGAGGCAUAUGCAUAUGACCAUCACCAUUCAUUCCACCAGAAAAGCCUUGGAGGCUAUGAUGCUGGUUAUCCUGGCUAUGAUGACGAGGCAGCUGCAUAUGCAGAUCAGUUUGGUUACUAUGACAAUGGAGCAGGGGGGGCAGACUAUCAGGACCUAGGUUACUAUGAGGAAGAGGGACUCUAUGACCCCAAUUCUGGAUAUUAUGACAGUGGUCUUUAUGACGAUGGGACAGGGCAAUAUUAUGACCCCUAUUUCCCUGAUCAAGGCUAUAACAAUCAGGAAGUUGAUUACUAUGGUUACCAGCAACAACAGGCAAUGGCAAUGUAUGAUGAGGGUCUGGACUAUUAUGCAGCAAUGGGGAAGGACUAUAAUGUCUAUGGAGAUGAGAUGGCUGGGUACCUAGACCCCCAGGCUCAGGGUUAUUUUGAUGAUGGUCAAGGGGGUUAUUUCAGUGAUGGACAAAUGGGUUACUAUGACGGUGGGCAAGCUGGUUAUGAUAACCCCUAUGCAGCAACAAUGGAUAUGCAAGGAAUGCAGGGAUUUACACCAGACUAUCAACUCAGCUACAGUGAGGCUGGCAUGCCCUACCAAGACUACAGCUCCCAGCAGGCCAUGGGACACCUACCUGCAAUGCAGCAGGUCUAUGGCUUAGGGGGGCAAGGGAUGGAACAAGUACAGGGCCUGUAUGGGGCGCAAUAUCCAGACCAGUUGGAUCAAUAUGGGAAUGAUAUUGGUGGGUUUCAAGGAGGAGAGAUGACAUUCAAAGUGCCCAGGCCACAAGUGCGUCUGUUUGGGAAAGAACGUCUAGAUGUGCCCAUGCCCCCACCACCCACCUUGCCACCUGAUCCAGAAUUUGAAAACAUGUCAGAAAUCCAGUAUGAGGACCAGUCACUUUUUGCACCAGAUCAACAGCCUGACAUGAUGGCACUCCAAGAACAAAUGAUGUUUCCACAGCAACAAACUAUGAUGUCUCCUCAAGGACAAAUCAUGAUGUCCCCACAACAACAAACUAUGAUGUCUCCUCAAGGACAAACCAUGAUGUCCCCACAACAACAAAUGAUGAUGUCCCCUCAAGAACAAAUGAUGUCACAACAACAAAUCAUGUCUCCUGAAGAGCAAAUGAUGAUGACAUCACAGAUGAUGCCACCACAGCAACAGGUGAUGUUACCACAAGAACAGAUGAUGAUGUCUUCUCAAAUGAUGCCAUCACAGAUGAUGCCACCACAACAGAUUGUGUCUCCGCAGCAACAAAUGAUGUCCCCACAAAUGAUGUCACCCCAGCAACAGAUGAUGCCACAACAAGCAAUGUCACUACAGCAACAACCAGUGAUGCUGCCACAACAGCAGAUGAUGUCUCCACAAAUGAUGUCACCACAGCAUCAGAUGAUGUCAGACCAGAUGAUGAUUUCACAGCAGCAGGGUUAUGGACCCCCAACAAUCCCAACCCCAACUGCCAUGCUUAUCAAGCAGGCACAAAUGUCGCCCCUUCCUUCCCGUAUCUUGCCCUCUCCUACUCCAUCUCGUCGUUCUGUCAUGAUUCCUUCACCCCAGAUGCAACAUCACUCUCCUGUUGCUUCCCCAAGAGCCUCCCCUAUUUUCCCGCAGAGACGAAGCCCCUCCCCACAGCCCUCCAUGCGUGGUGCGUUUCAUAGCAAUGUCCAAAGGCCUCCCUCCGUUAUGUCAAGACGGUUCUCACCACCUCCCUCUCCUAUGGCUUUGGGCCGUUCCCCCCGAAGAAUCCAACCUCAUAGACCCCCCUCUCCUUUGGCUCGGUCUCCCUCACCUCCCCACUCUCCCCGUGCAUCCAUGAUCCGUCGCAGUCCUCCAGCCUCACCAAGAGCCUCCAUGAGGCGACGCUCUCCACCCUCCCCUCGUGCCUCAAUCAGGAGGCGAAGCCCCCCGCCACCUUCACCUUCAUCUGCCCCUGCCCGCAGCCCAUUCGGAGGAAGGAGGCUUGGGUCACCCUCCCGUCCCCUCUCCCCGCAUCUUACAUCCCCGCCUCCUCUCUCCCCACAGCUUAGCCGAAGACCUUCUCCUUCACCAUCCCCUUCCCAUCGCAGUUUUUCUCCUGCAGGGCCCCGGCCUGCCCCGCCAUCUCCUACCCUUUCCCGUCGCUCCACUCGUCUGCUUAGGGACCCCACCCCAUUGGUCAGACCCAGGAUGGGUGGCAAUGUUCCCUUAGGUACUGUUCGGCCCUCCCCUAUGGGUCUCCGGGGUAGACCAGUGCCCCCACCCACCCAGAAUGUGCUUCCAUUCCGUCCCUCUUCUAUACGGAGCAAUAGGUCCUCUGUUCUCACAGUGGACUCCCUCCACUCUUCCCCUUUUCACUCCCCUCACAUGGCUCACCGUGUUCCCCUUGGGAGGCGGGAAUCUGGCCGGCUACCUCCUCGCCCCGUGGCUCGAGGGCGCCCCCUCAUGGCCCGGCAGUCCAUCAGAAGAAUGCCUCCCCCAUCUCCACAACCAUCUCUUAAACACAUGUCACGCCCUGUAUCCCCCCGCCUCUCUCCAGGAUUUUCUCGGCAACCCUCCCCCUUCCUUCCCCCCCAAGCUGUUCCUCAACCCAUCCAUGCACCACAGCCUUAUGUGCCAAUGUCACCUUAUGGACAGCCUGUUGCUCCCUCUUCUCCCAUGCUCUCUGGAGCUCUGCAGAAUCAGGCACUACGAGAUGCCUCCUAUGCUUCACCUUUACAAAGGCCAAUGUCACCUUAUGAACAGCCUCUGCCUCCUUCCUCCCCCAUGCUGUCUGGAGCUUUGCAAAACCAAGCAGUAAGGGGAGCAUCCUAUGUGUCUCCACUUCAAAGGCCUCAGUCUCCUUAUGGCCCAUCAGUACCUUCAUCUCCAGUGCUCACUGGAGCCAUGAAACAUGGUCAUGCACUCAGAGGUGUGGCUUCCUAUCAGACUCCAGCCCUGCAUUCACCAUAUGGCCCAACUGUAGUGACUCCGUAUGACUAUAUAUCUGAGCCUGCCCCAGCGCCAAUGCUCCAUGAUGCCCUACAGAACCGGUCUGACUUGCAGAGUGUCUCGUCAUUAAGAACCCCAAUGAUGCAUCGCCGGAACCCUUAUGCACCCACUGGGCCUCAGCUCCAACACGCACUGCACCAGAACCCCAACCUCCGGCAAGCAUCUUACCAGACACCUAUGCAACUCAGACACUCGCCCUAUGGGCCCUCAACACCCUCUUCACCAAUGCUAGGCAGUGCCCUACAAAACCGCCAGAUGAUGCAGGCCUCAUACCGACUUCCAGAUGGAAGUGUUGUGUCUCCAUAUGCAACUACACCUUCCUCCCCAUUGCUUGGCAGUGCCCUACAAAACCCACAAGUCCGUGGAGCUUCGUACACCUUGCCUGAUGGAUCAAUUAUCAGGGAUCCACGUCAGCCCAUGUCUCCUAACCUUUCCCGAGCUCUUCAGAACCAGGAUCUCAAGAACGCCACCUACACUCUCCCUGACGGCACCAUCGUAGACCCAAAGCAGCAAGGACCUAUUUCUCCAAACCUUGCUAAGGCUCUGAACAACGAUGCUCUACGCAGUGCCUCCUACACCCUCCCUGAUGGGACCAUUGUGAUUGACCCCAAACAACAGAAGUCUGCCUCCCCAAGCCUUACAGCAGCACUCCAGAACCCGUAUCUCAAAAGUGCAUCUUACACGCUGCCCGAUGGGACUAUCAUCAUUGAUCCACGGAAACCUGUCUCUCCAAACCUGUCUUCUGCUCUCCAGAACCCCUCCCUGCGGAAUGCCUCCUACACACUCCCAGAAGGGACGGUGGUCACUGACCCAAACGCACCCAUAUCCCCAAACCUGGCCGCGGCCCUGAGUAACCCAGCGUUGAAAGGAGCUUCAUACACCCUCCCAGAUGGGACUAUUAUAGUGGACCCCAGGAAACCGAGGACCCCCAAUCUGGCAGCUGCACUUCAGAACCCUUAUCUUAAAGGGGUGUCCUUAACUCUGCCCGAUGGGACCAUCAUCAUUGACCCACGGAAGCCACUUUCUCCCGACUUGAGUAAAGCUCUUCAGAACAUGAACCUUCGUGGCGCAUCAUACCGGCUUCCUGAUGGCUCCCUGGUUAUCCCGGGCCAGAAACCCAGUCUUGCAGGUGCUCUGAGGAGGAACCAGGGUCUGCGCUCCACCGGGCUCUUUCAGCUCUCAGAUGACUCUGCGUUGUCUGGUGUGCCCAAACCCACUCCUCCCAAACUCAGCUCUGUGCUCAAGAAUGAUGAUGUGCGUGGUCUCAACUAUAGGCUGCCUGAUUCUUCUCUUCUCACACGUCGAUUCCACAACCCGAAACUAGGUGAGGCAAUCCAAAACCAGCACCUUCGCUAUGCCUCAUAUCGGGUGCCUACAGGACUGCAGGGGGAGGAUGCAUGCUAUGCUGUAGUACCUCCAUAUGGGCCACGCACGGGCCACUGGGCCAGGAAUGCUCGGGGAGGCGGGGAAGAAGGUGAAGAUGUCUGGGCUGCUGAGAGGGUUCUGCCACAUGGGACAGUCCAGAACUUGUCAAAAUGGUCCAUGUACAGAGAAGAGGGGGUUUUGGAGGGGUAUUCACCACCACCUCGGACCACAAAGGGACAAAGUAAGGAGCCAGACUGGGCUCCAGACAGGGAGAGGGUACCUUUGGGAACCUGGUAUGACAAGGUCUACACUAUUAUAAGCACACCCACAGCGGGCCACAGGGUGAAACGCUGGGCAGAGGGAAUGGAGGAUAUGACACAGAUGGAGGAUCUAAAUGAGACUACUGUCCUGAUGAACUUGAAGAAGCGCUACGACCAAGAGCUCAUAUAUACCUACAUAGGCAGUAUCCUUGUGUCUGUGAACCCCUACAAGAUGUUCAACAUCUACGGCACUGACAUGGUGCUGCAGUAUGAGGGCCAUGGCCUGGGAGACAACCCUCCUCAUCUUUUUGCCAUUGCUAAUCUCUCCUAUACCACCAUGAUGGAUGCCAAACAGAACCAGUGUAUUGUUAUCAGCGGAGAGAGCGGGUCAGGAAAGACUGAAGCUACUAAACUGAUCCUGCGUUACCUGACAGCCAUACAUCACAAACGCAAUGUCACACAACAGGUAUAUAUACUGGAGGCCACGCCUCUGUUGGAAUCCUUUGGGAAUGCCAAAACAGUGCGCAAUGACAACUCUUCCCGCUUUGGCAAGUUCACCCAGAUCUACAUGGACGAGGGUGUGAUCAGUGGUGCCAUAACGUCUCAGUACUUGCUAGAGAAGUCCCGCAUUGUCUUUCAGGCCAAAUCGGAGAGGAACUACCACAUCUUCUAUGAGAUGCUGUCAGGUCUUCCUCCCCAUGAGAAACGCUCACUGUAUCUGCAGGAAGCUGAGACUUACUACUAUCUGAAUCAGGGAGGGGACUGUAAGAUUGAGGGAAAGGAUGAUGCAGAGGACUUCAGACGUCUACUGAAUGCCAUGGACACUCUGUGUUUCACACCAGAGGAGCAAAAUGGCAUCUACAGACUGCUCUCCUCUGUCCUUCAUAUGGGGAAUGUCUACUUUCAACCACACCAGGCUGAAGGUCAGGAGGUGGCGUCUGUGGUGAGUGCACAGGAGAUCAGGGUGGUCGCUGAACUACUGCAGGUCUCACCUGAUGGCCUACAGAAGGCUGUCACCUUCAAACUGACAGAUACAGUGAGGGAGAAGAUCUAUACUCCGCUUACAGUGGAGAGUGCUGUGGAUGCCAGAGACGCUGUUGCCAAGAUCCUGUAUUCGCUGCUGUUUAGUUGGCUGACAGAGCGCAUCAAUGGACGGGUCUACCCUCGCAACGAAGCCCUCUACAUCUCCAUAUUGGACAUCUAUGGCUUUGAGGAGCUACAGGUGAACAGUUUUGAGCAGCUGUGCAUCAACUAUGCCAACGAAACCUUGCAGUUCUACUUUAACAGGGUCAUCUUCCAGGAGGAGCAGGAAGAGUACAUGCGGGAGCAGAUUGAGUGGCAGCAGCAGCCGUUCACCCACAACCAGGCUUGUCUCGACCUCAUCGCUGCUAAACCGCACGGCAUACUGCGCAUACUGGAUGACCAGAGCGGUUUCCCUCAGGCAACAGACCACACGUUCCUGCAGAAGUGCCACUAUCACCAUGGUAACAACCCACUGUAUGUUAGGCCAAAGAUGCCACUCCCAGAAUUCACCCUCAAACAUUAUGCUGGGAAGGUGACCUACCAGGUGCACAAAUUCUUGGAUAAGAACUUUGACGUGGUCCGCCAGGACGUCCUGGACCUCUUCAUCCAGAGCAAGAAUAAAAUCGUAUCCAACCUCUUUUUGAAGCACUCAGAGAGUGUGUCUCAGCAGAGGUCAAACCUGCGGCACAGCAGCAUGGCUCGUCGCUACCAGGCCAACACCGUCAGCGCAAAGUUCCAGAGCAGCCUGCAAGAGCUGCUGGAGAAGAUGGAGAGGUGUAGCCCUUAUUUUGUGCGAUGCAUCAAGCCAAACCAUCAUAAGGAGCCAGGAGUGUUCGAUAUGGAGCUGGUCAGUACUCAGCUGCGAUAUUCUGGUAUCAUGGAGACCAUCCGCAUCAGGAAGGAGGGUUAUCCGAUAAGAAUGCACUUUCACAGCUUUCUGUUGAGGUAUAAAGCUCUGCUGUGCCUGAAGCAUCUCCCACCGGCAGACGGGGAGAACUGUGUCAGUAUGCUACACAGCCUCUGUCCAGUAAAGAACGGCACAUAUCAGCUGGGAGUCACCAAGAUUUUCCUGAAUGAGGAGUUGUAUCAGCUGUUGGAGAGUAAGCGUGACCGCGUGUUGAACAUCGCAGCCAUCGCACUGCAGAGAUGCACACGCAUGUUCAUUUUCCGGAGGAACUUCUUCAAGGUCCGGAUGCGAGUGAUCAGGUUUGAAGCGCACUGCAGAGGCUACCUGGCCAGAAAGAAGUUUGCUUUGCGAAGGAGCUGCCUGAUUAGAUUUCGCUCCGUUGUGCUGCUCAUUGUCAACCGCCAGCGUUACAUGAGGGUACGUUUGUUUGUGUGUUUAAUGCUGUUGUCUCUCUGUCAGACAGUACUGGAGCCUGCAAGGAAGGCAGAGGAGGAUCGCAUCAACAGAGAAGUGGUAAAUGUGACAACACUGCCUAUCACUGCAGAACUGGCAGCACUGCUGCAGGCCGCUUCAGGUGGUACUGAGCUGCAUUCUGACUGCUUGGCGUUGGUCCAGGCUCCCAAGGUUCAGGUUGACACUCAGCUGACCCUGCCCCUGGAUAUCAACAACUACCUCAUCACACACUAUAUACGGGCCAUAUUCAGGGAGCCGCUGUUUGGGAUGCUGACGGCUCCGCUGGAGAAUUCUCUGACCAGACUGGAUCAAGAGUUCAAAAAAGGAGCUCUGGAUGUCUUCACUUUGAUACUUAGAUUCAUGGGUGAUCCGGAGUUGAAUGGGGCUCAGGAGAAUCUGUUUGGGAACUACAUCAUCCAGAGAGGACUGGCUAAUCCCAGCCUGCGAGAUGAGAUCCUGGCUCAGGUAGCCAAUCAGGUGUGGAGGAACCCCAACAUUUUGAAUUCAGAGCGUGGUUGGCUGCUCCUCUCUGCCUGUCUCUCUGCCUUCCUGCCCUCCCAAAGGCUGGCCAAGUAUCUGCUGAAGUUUGUUUCUGACUAUGGGCCUGAGGGCUAUGACUGUGUGUGUCAGCACCGUCUGCUUCAGGCGCUGCAGCGGCUCAGUGUUGGACCGGAGUACACCCGCACAUACCCACCCUGUCUGCUAGAGUGGACUGCCAACCGCAAGAGAGCUCACACAGUCCUGCACAUACACUGCUUUGAUGGUGUGUCCUUCCUGUGUCCGCUGCACUCCUGGACGACAGGAGAGGACCUGGCUAAAGACAUCUUACAACACAGGGGUGUGGUGGAGGGUCGUCUGGGCUGGUCGGUGCUGCUGAAGGAGCCGGCGCAGUGGGUGGAGCUGGAGGGCUCAGACUAUGUGCUGGACCUGAUGUCUGACCUCGAGCUUCCUGCCGACUUCCCCAAACACAGCAGCUACUUCAUCAUCUCUGCACAGGAGCCGAGCAGAGUGCGGGCCAACGCCAGCAUAAGCUUGUUGGGUAGUGGGUUCGACGCGAAUGAAGAUGUCAUGUCUUCCAUCAUACCGGGCAACGAAGGAUUCUCCAGUCAAGAUUUGGAGCCUCAACGAGGAAUGGAUCGCUAUCUUGAUAGCCUGUUUGACCCUGUCCUCUCCGACGGAACUGGAGAAGCCGAUAAUGCCGCAGCGCUGUCCAGCAGGAUUCGAGGGGGCGGGGGGGUUGGAGGGGGAUGGAGGGGUGGGCAGUCGGAGCAGAGCCCCUCCUCCCCACCACCUCCACCUGGAGCUGUGCGAGUCCUGCCUGUGGGAGGAGUGAUGUCACCUCCUGUUGCUGCAGUGGCACCUGUCACACCAAAUGCCCAGGAGACAGUGAUGGCCCAGCAGCAACAGGCUAUAAUAAACCAGCAGGCCAUCAUCAUGGCGCAGCAGAUGACCAUGCAAGCCAUGGCCAUAGUCAGCAGCCCAGUGACGAGCCCCCCCACCUCCCCGAUCACCAGCCCUCCUAUGAGCCCGCUGCUCCCCCACCCUCCCCCCAGCCCAUACGCCCCCGCUAGCCCCUACGCCGCCAUGCCGCUCAGUCCUUACGCUAAUAUUCCACCGAGUCCCUAUGCUAACAUACCUCCUAGCCCCUAUGCUUCAGCAGACAUACCGCCUAGCCCCUACCCCCCCACCACCCCACAGGCACAGCCACCCCAGCAGCCUCAGACUCAUCCUGCAGCCCAGCCCCAGUCCCAGCCACAGCCUCAGGCCUCUCGCCCACACCCCAACCCUCAGGUUCAGCCCAGUAAAGGCAGCAUUCCUCGGAGGAAGGCUCCAGGCGUCCCCAUAAACAAGGACCAACCAGCCAGGAAGUUUGCUCCCGUGGUGACGAGUCCCCCACCCCCUGCUGGAGAGGUGGUGAAGUCAUCGGCUCGGACUCCAGAGCACAUGGUUCCCAGCCAAGACAUUAAAGAAAUCAUCAGGCAGUACGACUCUCCACCUCCACCCCCGGACCCACUGCCACCUGGCAAGAGGAGACCAGACGGGAAGUUUAAGAAGAAGCAGACCCCUCGUGAUGAAGCUUUACAGAUCCUCAAACCGCAGAUGGACAACCCUCCCGCUCCACAGCCCAAACGUCCUGUUUCCCCCUCUGCAUCUGCAAUAAAAGACGCAGGGUUUAAACCCACAAAGACUACCAAGAAAAAAGCACCUGAACGACCUCUCCCCAUACCUCCACCAGUUUCCCGCGAGCUCCCAGUAGAGACAGAGACCAUCCAGACGCAGCUUCAUCAGAGCAGCAAUGAAGAGCACUAUACCUACACCAAUGUUCCCUGGAGGCUGUACCUGAGGAAGGAGGUUUUCUAUCCGAAAGACAGCUUCAACCAUCCUCUGGUGCUUGACCUCAUUUUCAAGCAGAUAGUGAAUGAUACUCUGUCGGAGGAAUGUGUUCGCAUCACUCGGGAUGAAAGGCAGAAAAUGAAAGCACUUUUUGCUAAACACGGGGUUGAGCAGAAUAUGGACCCAGUGGAGGAGCAUGUGAAGAAAACUAUUGUCACAGCAGCGAGGGAAACCUGGGAAAUAUACUUCUCCCGUCUGUUCCCUGCCUCGGGCAGUGUCGGAACAGGAGUGCAGGUGCUGUCAGUGUCUCACAGCGGCAUUAAGCUGUUGAAGACGGUAAAGAGCAGCGCUGCGGCUCCAGACUACUUCAGAGUCCUGCGACCUUACACUUAUGCAGAUAUCCUGUUUGUGACCAUCCCAUCUGAGAACAUGCUGGAGUUCAAUCUGACCAAUGAGAAACUGAUCCUGUUCUCAGCCAAGGCACCGCAAGUCAAACAUCUCAUAGACACCUUCAUCACUGAGAUCAAAAAGGACUCAGACUAUGUGAUUGCAGAGCGUAACUUUGUGACCGAUGACCGCUCAUUGCUCAAUUUCCACAAAGGUGACAUCAUCAGGCUGCAAGUUAUGGAUGGGCUGGAAAAGGGGCAUAGCUAUGGCUGUGUGGUGAGGAAGAAGGUUGUGUACCUGGAGGAAAUGAAGAGAGACACUCAAGAUUUUGGGUGGAAGUUUGGGGCUGUAUCUGGCCGUUCUGGUGCGUUCCCGACGGAGUGUGUGCGUCCUGUGGCUCCUCCUGACUUCCUCACCCUGCCGCUGGACCGCAGGGCCGAGCCUCGAGGAGGAGCGGGGCAGUUUGCUGUGUCAUCUGCCGUUGCUGUUGCCGUAGCAUCAACUAUGGCUGCACAUGAGAUAGAUCAAACUCUGGAGAAAGUUUCAAUUGAUGGUUUUGAUGGUGAUGCCGAUAUGGAUGAGACUCUUCUGCAGGAUACUAAAUACGACAUGGUGGAGUUUGCCAGGAAAUACUUCAGACAGGGAACAAGUGGGAAGGGAGACUCACUGAAGAGCAGGAGCAAGAACAGAGACGCCAGGGAACCCACUGAGAUGAUCAAAUUCUCCAAGACCCCUCUGUCUGAGUCUCUGAUAGAGUUUACUGACCCAACCAUGAACCGAGUGGCAGCUGAUCUCUUCUUAGCGGUGAUGCGCUUCAUGGGUGACCAUCCCUUAAGGGGACUUACAGAACAGGAAGUGGUCAGCACUUUCCUCAAGCUCGUAGGAGAGUUUAGCCUGAUGAGGGAUGAGGCUUACUGCCAGGUCAUCAAACAGCUUACUGCUAACACCAGCUCCAAGACUGAUAGCUGCCAACGUGGCUGGAGGCUGCUCUAUAUCCUGACUGCUUUCCAUCGCUCCUCUGAGGUCCUGAAGCCCUUCCUGCUGAAAUUCCUGCAGCAGGCCCAUCGCAGCGCUGGAGUAGCAUUUCAGGGCAUUGCUAAAGCAUGCGAGCAGAACCUGAAGAAGACGUUCCAAUAUGGCGGCCGUGUCGUCCCUCCCAACAGCAUGGAACUGAAGGCCAUGGUGGUGGGACGGAGUUCCAAGCGCCAGCUGUUUCUCUUCCCUGGAGGCAUUGAGCGUCACCUGAAGAUCAAGACAUGCUCUGUUGCUCUGGAGGUGAUUGAGGAGCUGUGUUAUGAGAUGGGCUUGCAUAGACUGGAGGCAAUGGAUGAAUACACAAUUUUUUUAGUCACCAAUAGAGGCCAGAAUGUGCGUCCUCUGAACAAGCAUGAAUAUAUCCUGGAUAUUGCUACAGAGGCAGAGCCAGUGGACAGCAACUACAGCUUCUGGUUCAGGCGGGUUGUCUGGACUCAGCCACUCAAGUUUGACAAUGAACUUUGUGUCGAAAUGCACUAUAACCAGGUGCUGCCUGACUACCGUAAAGGCCUCCUGAAUGUGCUUCCACGAGGAAAAGUUAGCGAUCAACAGUUCCACCAGAUCUCCAAACUGGCAGCUUUGCAGCACAGAGCCAAAGACAUCGUCUUCAUCCCCAGCAUCCAUGAACUGUCAGAGUACAUCCCUCCGCCUCUAUUCAAGAAGCAGUCCCCACAGCAGUGGUCUGCCUUGGUAACGCAGCACAUGCAGCAAAUACAGAACCUGAGCCCCCACCAGGCCAGAGCACAGUUUCUGGGGCUCGUCAGUGCAUUCCCCAUGUUUGGCUCCUCGUUCUUCUACAUCCACAGCAGCAGCUCCACCUCCUACUACGCUCCCUGCAUCCUUGCCGUCAGUCAACAUGGUCUUCACUUCCUGCACAAAGAGACACAUGAGGUGAUGGCAGUGGUCCCCCUGGUGGAGGUGCAGUCCAGUCGUACCCAAAGACCGACUGCAGGGACCAGCUACCCCUAUGUAGACCUCACCCUGGGAGACAUGAACACACAGCGGCUUACUCAGCUACAGCUGGAGCAGGGCCUGGAGCUGUGUCGAGUCAUCGCCAUGCAAGUGGAGAACAUGAUGUCAAUGCGAGAGAAGAGACUCACCCUGCCGCCCAGUGAAAUUACCAUGUUGUAACACAUGCUCAUUCACGCAGUGACACAGGAUAGUGUGCAGGCACAUGCACGCAUGCAAACACAUGCACAUGCACGCAUGCAAACACAUGCACAUACACAC